AUGAGAAAUACCUGUUAUUUUCCAUCACGAGUUCGACAGAUUUUCAGUGACUUCGCAGUAAUGAUUGCCAUUAUCAUCAUGACUUCCGUUGACAUGUAUGUUGGUAUCAGUACCCCCAAACUUAAUGUUCCUUCCACUUUUCGACCAACAUGGGAAGGGCGUGGUUGGUAUGUACCACCAUUUAAUGGUAAUCCAUUUUGGACAGCAUUAGUCUCCUUCAUACCAGCGAUACUUGCAUGUAUUCUCAUUUUCAUGGAUCAGCAAAUUACGGCAGUUAUCGUAAAUCGUAAAGAAAAUAAGUUAAAAAAAGGUUAUGGUUACCAUUUGGAUUUAUGUGUUUUAGCAUUUCUUAUCCUUGUGGUUGGUAUACUUGGAUUACCGAUAUAUGUGGCCGCCACGGUACUUUCAAUAAACCACGUAAAUUCACUUAAGCUUGAAUCGGAAUCUCGAGCUCCGGGUGAAGUUGCUCAAUUUAUUGGUGUCCGGGAACAGCGAGUGACUGGCAUUGUUACUUUCUUAUUUAUUGGCUGUUCGGUACUAAUGACCGGUAUUCUUAGCCAUAUACCAAUGCCCGUAUUAUACGGUGUAUUCUUAUACAUGGGUAUAGCUGCGCUUGGUGGUAUACAACUCUUCGAUAGAAUUCUUCUCUUACUAAUGCCAAUGAAAUACCAGCCAGAUACGAUUUACAUUCGACAUGUGCCAAUAUCGGUGAUUCAUAAAUUCACAUUCUGCCAGGUAGCCUGUCUUGUAGUUUUAUGGACUGUCAAAUCUAUCAAACGAACCUCUAUUGCUUUCCCAAUUAUGUUGGUGGUAAUGGUUGCUGUUCGGAAGGUCAUGGAAAAAUUUUUCGCGGAGAAAGACUUGCGUUAUUUGGACGAUAAGAUGCCUGAUUUCCAUUUGAGAAAAAAGGAGGAUAUGAAAAGGAAGAAAAGUGUAAUGGAAGAAUUCGACAUAGACCUGGAAGAGAAUCAAGGUACAAUACAUGCCGUAAAGACAGAAGCGCAUUUGCAUAUUCCAACAGCAAGUGGAGAAAUAAUUAAGAUUCCCUUGGCGGCAAUUCAAGAGCCUUCACAUAACAUUCACAAUAUGAAUAUCUCGAAUGAAGUAAACAAAACUGGAAUGUGGAAGCAUAUCACGGGAACGAAUCAAUUGUCUUCGCCCACAACAACAUCAUCAGCGCCUGAAGUGAAGAUUCCAGAUGAUAAUGAAGAAGAUGAUGAUGCAAUAAUUAUACGGGUCACUAAACCAGCAUCAACAAACUCCAAUGUACAAUCGAAUAACGAGGAGACGCCAUUGUUGGAUAAUCAGAAAUCGGAAAGUAAAAUGUAG